AGUAAUAAGCCAUGGGGCAUGAACGCAUGAUGGCUUUCAGUCUCUCACUCUCAGUCUCAUAACACAGUAGCACCGUCAGCGCGCCUGUUCUUUCUGUAUUUGAGUUUUUGACUACGUAAAUCGGUGAAAAAUUCCCAAACUUAUUCAGGUUUUUAUGAAGUCGGUAAUUUUUUUCUGUGACUGCUAAAAUAAUGUUUGUUUUAUAGGCUUAAUACGACAUACGUAAUACCUACCCAAGUCGGCAAGUCCCACCUCAGGCCUCCCAAGUUACUUGAAAGUUGAAAUAUUUACGCAUAUUGAUAUUUGUUAGAAUUGUUACUAGGUGCCAGGACUAAUUGAACUUGAAGUGUCUCUCAAUGGCUACUUCAGAGAAUGAGGAAGAAACACUUGAUGCAAGACUAAAAGUUGCUGGACUGUGGGAAGAAGGCCUUUCAUUGGAUGAAAAACGCCAGUAUUGUAACUUUCUCAUCGAGUCCUGCAGCUCGGCAAAGAGAGAUGAGCAGCGCCGGCAAUGGCAGCAGAAUGAAGAGCUUGCAUCUCAUGACAAGUCCAGCAUUGAACCAAAUGAUGCUGGUGUCAAAUCCCGUAAAAUUUUACAAAAAGUGCCGGCUGCAAGUGAAGAAAAGAAAAAGGUUGAGACAAGUGAUGAUACCAGUAAUGAAUCUGCCCAAUCCAUCAAAACAAUUGGUGGCAAGAAGCAAGAGGAUGUCUCUCUAGAAUCAACUUCUGCUGACUCAUUUCAUUCUGUAAAUGAAACGUUUUCUGAUGACUCAUUUCUAAAUGAAACGUUUUCUGAUGACUCAUUUCAUUCUGUAAAUGAAACGUUUUCUGAUGAAAUUGAAUAUAAAGAUGAAAAUUCCAAAUCUGUAGAUCAGCCAGCACAAAAGCAGACCAAUGUUACACUUGAUGCUGGAGAACAAUCGCUGUUGAGAGCCAACUUGUCUUGUGUAGAUUCAAUUAAUGAAGUAACUCUCACUGCUAGCAGAGGGAUGAACAAUCCGUCUCCUAAGUCAUCUCCAAAAGAUGGAAAAUAUGACAGUAAUUGUGCAUCUUCUAGUUUGUUUGUGAAUAUGAACAGUAGAAUGCCUUCUUGGGAAAUUGUGGAAAAAUACCCCCAAAGAAUAAAUGAUAUCAGGUUCAGAGAUUUGUCACAUUACAAUUCAGCUUCAGAAGAAACCCGCGCUAAGAUGUACAAGGAAGUAUUAGAAUCACUAACCAAGACCAGUUAUGCUAUAGCUGAAUCAUUGCGGGAGCCAAACAAGCCAAUGCCUUGGAAAAGAGUGAUCAAGCCACCGCGGAUCCAUGAAAAAAAUGAUAAAGAAAUUUCGUUUGCAGCAGAAGGUGCUUACUCAUUGAGGAAGCGCCGCACCGCUCAAAAGCAUCAUUUUGUUAGUUCUUCUGUAGAAGAAGAAAUGGAUGAGCUUCCAGAAAUAGAGCAAAUAGUGCAAUCAAAAGACAACGAGUGGAUUCCAAGAAGUCAUACGAGUGGCAGGAAAAUAAAAAGGGCAGACAAAGUCUGCCAGCCGCCAAAGACAAGCUCGCGGACCCCUCUUACUGAGUGCCAAAGCAGUGAUGACGGAGAAAAACGACCAAUCGCGACUGGAGCACUUCCCACUGCUAAGAUGUUGUGCCGGUCUCCCAUGGUAAAUAUUUCUAAGCCGUCAAACAAAGCUUUGCAGCCGUCAAGUGUUGAGGCCUGCGGUAGCAACGUUACCUCCAAAUCAUCGACCACGAUGUCGCAGGAUGAAAUCAGGGCUCACCAUCUGGAGGUGCUCGCCCUGGCAGAUCGCCGCCGGCUAUUGGAAGAAAGCCAAGGUUCAAAGAGCCGAACUUCGAAUGAUGAAGGAGAUAACUCGGUCCAGUGUCCGAUUUGUACCUCUUACUUCUCGCAAGGCAAAAUCGAGAGUCACGCCUCCUCGUGUAAUGGCGAAAUUAUCACGCGGGCGCAGACACUUCAGCGGCAGCUAAGGGCGCAUAAGAGCUACGCUGCUAAAUCCAAAACGCAAUCAUCGGGGAACGUUACAACUAUCGAUAGCGACCCUGAUGAUGUUGACGAAACCGAGGUUCUGAGCGCUCGUGCCACGCGGACGAACACUUCAAACCUUCCUAGGUCUUCUGGUGUGGCCGAAUUCACUCCAGUUGACGGUAACGUUAUAAACGAUCCAAGAAAUUGA